GCUCCGGCAGGCCGGCGUCUAUGGCCGCGCGCCGCCACUGCUUGGUCGCGAUCGAUGGCCUCGUCCAGCGACGCGACCCUUGCGACGCAGGACUUUCGCACGCACACGUGCGGCGGCCUGCGCGAAGGCGACGUCGGCAGCAGCAUCAAGCUCUCCGGUUGGGUCGACGCGGUGCGCGCGUUCGGACCGCUCACGUUUGUGUCGCUUCGCGAUCGCCAUGGCACGACGCAGCUCGUGUUCUCGGACGAGCGCGUCGAGGCCGCGAACCAGCUCAAGCCCGAGUCGGUGAUCCGCGUCACCGGCGCCGUGCGCGAGCGCCCCGAUACCAUGCGCAACGCCAACAUGGCCACGGGUGCGAUCGAGGUCGUCGUUGACAGCGUCGAGACGCUCAACACGUGCGCGCAACUGCCCAUGCAGGUGAGCACGGGCUCGGACGUUGCGACGGAAGAGACGCGGCUGCGUCACCGGUAUCUGGACCUGCGUCGCGCCUCGCUGCAGCAAAAUCUCGCCGUUCGCUCCAAGGUCGCCAUGACAGCGCGCAACUACUUGUGCGACAACGGUUUUCUUGAGAUUGAGACGCCGACGCUCUUUAAGAGCACGCCCGAAGGCGCCCGCGAGUUCCUCGUGCCCACGCGCACCAAGAACCAGUUUUAUGCGCUCACGCAGAGCCCGCAGCAGUACAAGCAGCUGCUCAUGGUCGGCGGCCUGGACCGGUACUUUCAGCUCGCACGCUGCUACCGCGACGAAGGCGGUCGCGCGGAUCGCCAGCCCGAGUUUACGCAGAUCGAUCUCGAAAUGUCGUUUGUCAACCAGCACGACAUCAUGGGCAUGAUCGAAGGCAUGGUCAAGCAGAUCUGGCACGGCGCCAACGCCUCGAUCGACAUGUCCACGCCAUUCCCGAUCAUGAGCUUUGACGAGGCCAUGGAUCGCUUUGGCGUCGAUAAGCCCGACACGCGCUACGGCCUCGAGAUGCGCGACAUCCUCGCGCACAUGCCCAAGGACGUCGUCGGCGACGCGCCCGUCGUGCGCGCCAUCAACGCCAAGCAGCUCGGUCUGCACGGCUUCUCGCGCAAGGACAUUGGCGAGCUCGAAGCGCUCUCGAAGCGCCUCUCCGUCGAUGGCAAGGGCGCGUUUGUUGUCAAGGUCGACGAGGGUCAAGCGUGGAAGUCGUCGCUGGCCAAGAAGCUGUCCAACGACCAGCUCGCGGCGCUCAACAUGCAGUUGGAGGUCGACGCGGGCGACGUGCUCCUCAUUGCGUCGGGCUCGUAUGCAUCGGUGUGCACGCUCCUCGGGCGCAUGCGCAUCCAGUGUGCGCAGAUGCUGUACGCCAAGGGCUUUCUCCAAAAGGAACUCGACCCGUUCAACUACCACCAUCUCUGGGUCGUGGACUUUCCCAUGUUUGAGCUCGACGAAGGCGGCAACGGGCUCUCGGCGACGCACCAUCCGUUCACGGCGCCCCAGGCCGCGCACCUCCCAACACUGCAAGCGCUCCUCUCAACGGGCCAGAACGCGUGGGAAGACGAAGCGAUGCAAACCGCGCUCCUCAACAUCAAGGCGCAGCACUUUGACUUGGUCUGCAACGGCUGGGAGCUCGGCGGUGGCUCGAUCCGACUGCACUCGGUGGACCUCCAGAACGCCGUCUUGCAGCAGGUGCUCAACUUGCCCGAGGUGCAGAAGAAGAGCUUUGAGCAUCUCUUGAACGCGCUUGGCCACGGUGCCCCGCCCCACGGUGGCAUUGCCUUGGGCCUCGAUCGCUUGGUCGCGAUCCUCUGCGGCGCGUCGAGCUUGCGAGAUGUGAUUGCGUUCCCCAAGUCGACGACCGGGAACGAGCUCAUGACCGGAUCGCCCGGCCCCGUCACGCCCGAGCAGCUCCUCGAGUACCACAUUGCCGUGAACCAGGCGACGACGACCGCAUAGAGACGCCCUUACAUAAACGUGGC